GUCUUCGGUGCUUUAAAGUACGUCUUAUGCAAAUACUCUUAUUUAAUGUUAAUUUGUGCUUUUAAAAUCGUGAAAUGAUACUUUGAACUGUAUCGAAGUCAUCGUUGGUGUCAACAAAUGAGUGUCUCUCUUCGAACUAAACGUAACCUACCUACUUCACGGAGAUGGUGAUCGAGUGUUGAAACUUAAGGUUAGGAUGAGAAGCAUCGUUAAUAUUUUGAAGAUGUUCGUUGCAUUUUUUUAUGAUUAUGCACGCGGAUUAUCUUACACAAUCACCACGAUUCUGGUUCUGGGUUACUGCCUACAUCCAGCCAGAUUCGCCUCGCAUUACACAUUUAUAAAGACGCAAGACAUCUACGAUGAAAUGGAAAGAUCCUAUCCAGCGAAGGACAACUCCUGCACGAUUACAAUCAAUCACAGGAGAUCACAGUUGCUCUAUCCCGAAGAACAUCCGCGUGAGGAUCCUGUGGCAAUGGCACGACGUUUAGGAAUACUACCCGGUGGCCAGUGGAAGCCCCUCAACUGCCAUCCUCUUUUCAACGUAGCCAUUAUAUUACCAUACCGAAACCGACAAACGCAACUUACCAUUUUCAUGAAUUACAUCCAUCCUUUCCUGCAAGCUCAAAACCUCGAUUACAGAAUAUUUGUGAUAGAGCAAAGUCCUAUGCGCGAGUUCAAUCGUGCCAAGCUUUUCAAUGUUGGAUACACGGAGGCGACCAAAGCGAACGAUUUUCAUUGUUUCAUCUUUCAAGACAUAGAUUUAAUACCUCAAAAUCCUGACAAUAUUUACGCUUGCACCAAAAUGCCCAGGCAUAUGAGCUCGAGCGUAAAUACAUUCCGUUACAAUCUACCUUAUACCGGUUUAUUCGGGGGUGCGAUCGCAUUAACUCGUAAACAGUUUGAAAGAGUUAACGGAUUUUCCAAUGUUUUCUACGGAUGGGGGGGAGAAGACGACGAUUUUUAUAGUCGUCUUCAAUCGCGAGGCUUUCAAGUCACCCGCUUCGGACCGAGUAUUGCCCAAUAUUAUAUGCUAACGCAUAAGAAAGAACCUCCGAGUAGCGCGAGAUUCGAGAAUUUAGAAACUAGUGCUAGAAGAUACGAGACUGAUGGUAUUAGCAAUUUAGAAUACAGGGUUUUAAAUCAUCAAUUAAGGCCGUUAUAUUCUUGGAUCUUAGCAGAUGUUUAGUCUUUGUUUAGUUUCCAUUUCCUGUUUCUAGUCUCUGUUAAUUUAUAAACAAAUAUGGCUGUUUAACUGUUCGUCGUAAUUUCAGUUAAUAAUAACGAAGCUCAUAUAUAGAAGAAUUAAAUAACGCAACAUUACGGAAAGAUAAAUUUUGUAGAGAUUUCCUAGAAAUUUAUUUCCGUGAAACUGAGAAAAGGUGGCCAUUGAAUUUGUUACGAUGAUAGAACAUGUUCAAUGACAUUCUGUGCAAUACAGGGAAAUAUACAUUUUAUAUUUCUCUAUCGAAUGGUAUAUGCUAGUACGUCAAAGAUAAUACCACGUAUAAUUGUUUGGGGGGUAUAACUGCAGAAAUAUAAUAUCGAUAAACAUUGUCUCACCAUAAUAUUGAGAUUUGUUUUAUGGCGCCAUAUAAUAAUCUGUUUCAAAGUAACUGAAUUAAACAUCAAGUUACAUUCGAGUCAAAGAUCUCGUACAUAUAAGACACGUGUCUCCUACAUUCCGUUUUCGUUCGAUGCAGUAUUUUACAAAAGUCAGUUCUUCGAGCAAGCGCAGGUUUAAUAGUACAAAACUUCUUUAUACAUACAAAGGAUUGUAGUUUGUUCCUCUAGUGAUACGCCUAAAAAUCAAAGUGUUUAUAUAAUCAAGUCAAUUUUUUCCCAAACAUAUUUUUAACUUAGUUUAAUGCUCGAUAUUUUUUAGCGUUAUAUUUAUAUCGACUGAAACGAAGAAAUAUAGUAUUGUAAUUACAUUACUUAUUGUUUUAUAAUUAUAGUGUCACUGGUAACGUACGACACGGUAAAUUAUCGAAUUAGAAUAAACACGCGUAAUAUAUUAACGUUUUGAAUUUGUAUUACUAGUCAUAAAUGAGCCCAGGUAUUCUAGGGAGCUGAUAGGUUUACAAGCGGGACAAAAGAGGGAGCGAGAGGUUUUCUAUUAGUUCCAAUUAUCCCCACCACCGGAUCAUCCGCCAUUGCGUUAACGGGGGCUCUAGAACGUAGACCAUAACCAACGGGGCCCCGUGUACUUUGUGCUUCGAAAAUUUAUCAGCUUUACAAUACUUUUAACGAAGUUUCAAAGCUUGUAAUUGUGUGCAGUUUGUGAAUAAUUCAAUUUCGAAAUGUAGAAAGCUCAAAGUUCAAAUCAUCGAAACUACUUCACUAUAUGUAAGUACAAGCGUCUCGAUACAAAUGAAAAUGUACGUAUAAGGAGUUUGAAAGAGAAAUGUGUAACGAUAAAAUUGUUGCAAAUCGCGUUUAUUAUUUUAUUAAGAAGAUUUGAAACCUCGUAACUGUCGUUUGUUUAGAUAUGUGUACAAUAGAUAAUUCGCGGUACGUGACAUUUUAAGUUUCGCUUGAAAAAAGAAGCGACGUACUUGCUUUAGGUAAAUAUUUUAUUUCGAUUGAAAAAUAACACCGAUGGAGAAAAGAUUCGAUUCUUUAAAAACGAACACGAGUGUAUUGCAAGCAAUAAUGCCGCGUGUAUUUUUAUUAUCAUCUUUUAACCUAUAACUUAUUACAUGGGUUUUGGAUGUGUAAUUAAAAAAAUAACGAUAAAGCGUCAGAAUGACUGUAGAAAUGUGUAUGUAUAGCGAAGAAUGAUCUCAAAAAGUACGAUGCAAAGUAUAAUAAUUAAUAAAA